AUGUCCACAACAACCACCACCACCACGGCCACCACAGGAGACCGCGUCCCCCGCGGCGACGUCGUCGCCCCCCUCCACUUCUACGUCCCGCCCACCGACGGCUCAACCCCCUUCAACAACGUCGACCCCCCGCCCGGUGUUCCCGAGCGUAACUUCUCCUACCAAACCCUCCCCAUCACCAUCCACGACAUCCGCGGGCAAGAAACCUCCUUCACAUUGGAAAAUGACGCCUUCCAAAUCCUUUCCAACCUGCCCCCCUCCGCCGAGGAAGACCCUUCCAAAAACGGCUCCAAUUUUACCUCUGACGCAUCCAUUUCCGAGAACUACUACCCUGAAGUCACCUCCCUUCUACUCAACACCAUCCCCGGUUCCUCCAAAGUGAUAAUCUUCGACCACACCAUCCGACGCACCGACCCCUCUUCCCCCAGGGGUCCGGUGCAGCGCGUCCAUAUCGACCAAACGGCCUUUUCCACCGCGCAGCGCGUGCGACGACAUGCUUCUUCCCCCGAGGAGGCCGAGAAGUUACUGCAAGGUCGAUACCGUAUCGUGAACGUCUGGAGACCGUUGAACAAGGGACCCGUGGAAUCCUUCCCGCUAGCGUUUGCUAGUUCGCAGACGGUCAAGGACGAGGAUAUCGUGCCGGUGGAACACAGGUAUAAGGAUGGAUAUACGGGCCAGACGGCGGGGGUGUUGCAUGAUGAAGACCAGAAGUGGUACUUUUUGAGCGGGAUGACGGGGGAUGAGAGGGUUUUGUUGGAGUGCUUUGAUAGUUGGGCUGGUAAGGAGGGAUUGGAGGAAGGGAAGAAAGUGAAGGGGGGUAGGGUGCCGCAUACGGCUUUUGAGGAUCCGAGACAGAGGGCGGAUGCGGAGGGACGGGAGAGUAUUGAGGUUAGGGCACUGGUUUUUGGACCUUGA